AGUAAAAGGACGCAGAGGCCCCGGAAUAAAUAACACUGUCGGACUGCCUGAACAGAAAGAACACGUAGAGUUAAUUAUCUGUUCAAUCACGGUAUAUUUAUUUAUAUUUAUUUACAAUACAGCCGGUGAUUAUAAAUUUUAGAUAUAAAUUCAACACAUUAUUCAGGCGCUUUAAAUAAGCCCCCAGUCAAGUUGCAGACUGCGCUAGCUUGCACACUUAACAUUAUCAUCAGUUUAAACAGCUCAACUUCAACUAGUUUGCAGUGUAUAGCAACGCCGAAGGUAUGCAUAAGCGAGAAGCUGAAGGAUGUCCGCAUAAGGUUACUGAUGCAGCUCAGCAUUGUGAAGCAAGUGCUGAUUUGUCUUCGCCUGUCAUUGCAGCCUUCAAAGUCUUCCAGAAGGAGCUUGACACCAAACAUGACAAAUACGAGCGCCUUGUCAAGAUCAGUCGAGAUGUCACCAUAGAGAGCAAGAGGACAAUUUUUCUUUUACACAGGGUGACAAGUGUUCCAGAUGUUGAGGUGGUGUUGAAUGAGGCAGAUGGAAAACUGGAUGGAGUGAGACAGAAAAUUGGUCAGAUUGCUGAAGAGCUGAAAAGAGAGGAUAUCUUUCAGUUUCACCGAGCGUUCACGGCAGGAAUCCAGGAGUACGUGGAGGCCGCCUCCUUCCACUACUACAUCCGUCAUCGCAGCCUCAUCAGUCUGGAGGAGAUCAACGCCAAGCUGGUGUUCAUGAGAGGAGACCAGGGCUCUGCUGACACACUGGGAGCACAGGUCCUGACCUUCCAGGUGAUGCCCUCAGACUACCUGCUCGGCAUAGCAGACCUGACAGGAGAGCUAAUGCGCCUGUGCAUUAGCAGCGUGGGCAACGGCGACAUCGACACGCCCUUCCAGCUGAGCCAGUUCCUGCGCCAGAUCCACGAUGGUUUCUCCUUCAUCGGGAACACUGGUCCUUAUGAGGUGUCCAAGAAACUGCACACGCUGCGUCAGAGCCUGGGCAAAGUGGAGGACGCCUGCUACACCCUAAGAGUCCGUGGUUCUGAAAUUCCCAAACACAUGCUGGCUGACGUCUUCUCCAGUCGGAACGCUCACAUGGACCCAGAGGAAGGUGUGGUCUAAGUCCUUUACAAUCUUUCCUUUAAUUUAGCCCAUCUUAAUAUUACAAUGUCCUGCUAAGGGGCUUUUGUAUGUUUAUUACUUUUUCAUGUUACAAUAAAAAGGUUGCAGUAAAUCAAAUGCAUUUUUUCUCAAGAUAAAGAUAUGAUGACUUCAGCAUUCUGCGCCAAAUAUGCCCUGCUUUGCAAGACUUUAGGUUCCUUUGAUAACGUGUGUGUUUAUUUUAUUUCGCUCUCUGCCCUUCCUCUAUCACGCUCAGAUAAUCUAAGGUAGAACAUGUGACCUUUGUUCAGGCCCAUUCUCUGGCAGCCUCCUGACGCACAUGCACGCACACAUGCACAAAACAACCCCUGUAUUCUUGGCACGGAGCAGAGCAUCCCCCCUCCUGUUAUCUCAUCACCUAUAAGACACGUCACUCGUGUCUGUAGUCUUUGCUGUAUAAACUAUGAUCCGGUGUUGAAAAGAUGAUUUGGGAGUUUUCAGUUUCAUAAAUUGAUCUGACAACUUGCAGAGUGUCAGCAUGAGGCGUGUUUACAUCAAACUUCAUGUUGUGAUGAAUUCUUUGCAUAUUAUCAAAUGAUGCAAUUCUACAUUUCACUGCGUUUAGCCUCUAGAUUAAAUAAAAGGGUAAGUCUGCCAUCUGCUGGUGGACAUCAGUACUGACACUCUUAAUAAUGUUAACAAUGUAUUAUUGUGGUUGUAAAUUACAUUGUGUAAAAUUGCAGCAUAUACUGAAAGGUGUUUCUAAUAUUUUGCAUAUCUUGUGUAGCUGGAUAAGAUAACAAAAAUAAAAUCAAAUGCUCCAAAAAAUAAAUGCAGAGAAUACUUAAAUCCCAUAUCCCGGAAUCCAGUCAAUGGAAUAUUACGGUUGAAAACAUUUUUCAAUGUAUUAUUGUGGUUGUAAUUUACAGUGUAUAAAAUUGCAGCAUAUACUGAUAGGUGUUUAAUAUUUUUGCAUAUCUUGUGUAGCUGGAUAAGAUAACAAAAAUAAAAUCAAUUGCUCCAAAAUAUAAAUGCAGGGAAUACUUAAAUCCCAUAUCCCGGAAUCCAGUCAAUGGAAUAUUACAGUUGAAAACAUUUGAUUGCAUAGUGUAAUACAACAAAAAAAUGUUGUAUUGAUCCCUGGCUAUUGUAGAAAUAAAAUAAACAUUAUCAAGGAGGGUAUCGCAUUGAAAAAUUGAAAAUAUUGAAUAUUUGAACAAGAUAUCACACUAAUCUUUAGAAGCUUAGUAUUUU